UAAAUACAAAGGCAACAUGUUAUUUUUCAAUUUAUAAACAAAAAUAAGUGUAUCAUAUGGAACUCUUUGUUUGAUGUUCAUUAAUUGCAAUUUGUUUAGCAUUGUUGUGACUGGUGUGCGUCUUUCACAACCCAAAAUCGCUCUCAUUGCACGAUUCUGGAUUAAAAUCAACGUGUUCUUUCCCGGAAUCAUCUUUGUUGAGAAUUCCUAGUGUGUUUUGUCACACUGCCUGGCUAGUUUCAAAAUUAUUGAUGACCUGCUAUGUGUCGAAUGAUCCGUUCGGAGAGCGAAAAAAAUAUUGAUUCAACGACGGAGGAACAUCACGUCGAGGAGUAGUUAUUAGUUGAUGGGAGUUCGGGAGUUGGCCUUUUAAUCCAUUAAAAGUUUCCGGAGUGGUGCUUGUGUGGAGUGCCCUUUGAUUUCUGCACCGACAGAGUCUGAUGACCACGAGAGACGAGAACGGAGGCAGACAAUUUUUUGAGGCAUUUCGAGGAGAGCUCUGAUUAGUAGGAUUACUACAGAGUUUGGAGUUGGAAAAGUGCGAGAUGUCUUCGACUCAAGACUAAUUGAGGAAAUUAUACAAGAUGAUCACCAAUCACCCAGUGGUACCACCACCUCCAACCCCCAAAUGACGUACCCGACAGCCUGAGAAGAUGCUUCACGACCAUGACCCUAACGGCGACACCUACUCGACCUACCGCAACACCUACUUGCGCAGAUCCCCCCCACCAGGUCACCCCUCCGAAUGCUGCUACGACCACGAGAAGCACAAGCCCCCAGCAGGAAAAAUCUCUCUAUUCUGCUGCUGCUACACAUGCCCUGGCACCAGGACGACCUCCAUCUUGGCCACUCUCGGGGUGUGUUUCCUGGUCUUGGCUUACACCAUCCUGGGCGCUUUCCUCUUCAUGGCCUUGGAAGGGAGUCUGUACGAAGACACUGCUGUGGCUGCUUCCAAGCUGAAUCCCAAUGGGGAGAAGCUGUCUAUCGGGGAGUUGCGAGAGAGGACUGUCAAUGAGCUUUGGGGAAUAACUGAGAACCUCAACAUCCUCUACAGGGAGAAUUGGACUAGACUAGCGGCCAAAGAAGUUCUAGAAUUCGAGAAAGCCCUGAUCAAAGUGCUCAGAUUCAGCGACGAUGAGGCCGUGAGGUCGAGCAUGGGGACGAUGGGUCAUCCUCAAAAUGUCCACAAAUGGAGUUUCAGCUCCAGUUUUUUGUAUUCCUUGACGCUCAUCACAACGAUAGGAUACGGUUCGGUGUCCCCGCGCACUGCCUGGGGUAAGCUCGCCGCCGUUCUUUACGCGCUUGUCGGCGUACCCCUGAUGCUGCUCUACCUCUCCGCCGCUGGGGACGCGUUGGCACGUGGCUUCCGGCGUCUGUAUGGGCGACUGCGCGGUGCGCCUGCGUCGCGGAAGCCCUGCCGCUGCGCCGACGCCGUGCGAGUUCCAGUGGUGCUGUGUCUGGCCAUCGUGCUGGCCUAUAUCUGCUCCGGAGCCGUGCUGUUCCACCGGCUGGAGAACUGGUCGUUGCUGGAAGGAAGUUACUUCUGCUUCACCAGCCUUGGCACCAUAGGUUUCGGGGACCUCUUGCCUGGCCAGAAUGCGGAGGAGAUUUCCUUGUGCGCAUGCUCUGCCUACAUCCUCACCGGCAUGGCCUUGGUGGCGAUGUGCUUCAGCCUGGUGCAAGACGAGGUGCUGAGCGUGCUGCGAUACCUCGGCGGAUCCUGUUCGAAGAGAGAGAAGAAGAAGAGCGACGAAGAGGCCGUGUCGCUCGGCUCCUGACAGCGACCAACCACAGAAGGCGCUGCGCCCGUCAAAGACGCCGUCAAAAGGACGCAGUCGCAGUCGCAGCACCACAGCCUGCCGAGGAGAGGGGGUCAUUUCCAAAGGAACGCUCCUGGUAGGCGGUCAGCUGGGAUGGGUGAGAGUUCGCUACUACAAAUU